AUGCAAUGCCGAACAAAAUGCUCGACGCACGAACGCCGACUAAUUGCGCGCCCUACCAGAGUCAAGGACCUCAAGGAGGAACCAUACAGUCAGAAAGAAGCCGAGGCUGCGGUAGGCCUUCGUACGGACAAUAUGGGACCGAGCAAACAAAAAGAUACUGUUGAAAAGGCCCCAAAUCAUGAGGUCGACAUGGCCACCUGA